UUAGCCGCAAUCGGCAUGGCGGUCGGCGCUCCCCUCAUUUACGCAGACCAAGCGCACUCCAUGGCUAAAGUGCGCGACUCGACCGGAUUCAGCAAGGAUGUAUGCGCCGUUGUCUUGCUCUCCAAUAUCGCUCGCUUGGUCUGGUGGUUCCACGAACGAUACGAGCUCGUCCUAGUCGUCCAGUCCUGCCUCAUGGUCGUUGCACAGAUUGCGCUGUUGAGCCUUGUGCUGCGAUUCCAGCCGGGAAGCUAUGCCUCGUCCGCUCUUCGUGCAGACGGCUCCUCGAGCGGUCGCCCGUUCGGCUUCUGGACCUGGACGAGCUUGGAAAGCUACAUCGUCUUCUUGGUCUGCUACACCCUCUUUCUCCUGGCGCUACAGAUCACAAUCGGCCGCGUGUCCUCAAUGUACAACGCCCUGCUCGGCCUAUAUGCCCUGGGCCUGGAGUCUACUUUGCCGCUCCCGCAGCUCAUUGCCAACCAAAAGCGACGUUCCCUCGCCGGCUUCCGCUUGUCUGUUCUUGCCGGCUGGUCUCUAGGUGACCUGUUCAAGGUAGUCUACUUUCUCUUCUUGAAGCCAGGAAGCCCAUUCCAGUUCUUGGCCGGCGCGCUGUUCUCUUUGAGCGUCGACAUUGGAAUCGUGGCGCAGGCGAAGAUGUUUGCAGAGAAGACGGCAGAGGAU